AUGUCCUUUUCUACUGUCCUUUCUGUUCCUGCUGCUGUUCCUGCUGUUCUUGCAGUUCCGAAUGCUCCUGCGCUUGCUGUUGGGCUCGCUGCUGUUGGACCUGCUGCUGCUGGUAUUGGUGCUGCUGGUGUUGGUGCUGCUGGUGUUGAUACUGCUGGUGUUGAUGCUGCUGGUGUUGAUGCUGCUGGUCUUGACGACGGUGGUCUUGGUAAUGCUGACCCUGGCCCUGAUACUGCUGGCGGUGCUGCCUGGCGGCGCUGA